UAAAGCAGAAUCAAGAAGAAGAAGAAGAAGAACAGGAAACACAAAUCCUCUCUAUCUCUCUGAUCACUAUCUCUUUCUCACACACACACACACACACACACACACAGAGUUCUAUAGAGACAGAUGUAUAGAUUAAGUAACAGAGUGAUAGGUUUCUUAAACCUUUUCACUCUAUUAGCCUCGAUCCCAAUCAUAGUCGCUGGUUUAAGGAUGGCAAAAAGCAGUACAACAUGCGAAAGUUUCCUUAAGACACCACUUUUGGUUGUGGGAUUCAUAAUACUCAUAAUAUCACUUGCGGGAUUUAUUGGGGCUUGUUUUCAUGUUGCAAGGGUACUUCGGGUGUAUCUGGUCAUCAUGUUGCUGCUUAUAGGGACUUUAAUGGCCUUAACUGUGUUUGGUUUCGUUGUAACGAGCCGUAGUGGCGGCGCCGUGGUGGCCGGUAGGGUUUACAGAGAGUACCAUCUUGAUAAUUAUUCUCCAUGGUUGAGGAAAAGAAUUGAGAAUCCUCAUUAUUGGAUGACUGUCAGGAGUUGUAUUUUGGGUUCGAAGACUUGUGCUAAGGUUGUUUCGUGGACGCCCUACGAUUAUUUGACCAAAGACUUGUCUCCAAUUCAGUCAGGUUGCUGCAAGCCGCCAACUUCAUGCAACUAUACAUCGACAAUGGUGGCACAAGAAUCUGACUGCUACAGGUGGAAUAACGAUCCGAACAUUCUGUGCUACGAGUGCGAUUCAUGCAAGGCCGGAGUUCUCGAAGAUAUACGAAGAAAUUGGCACAAAAUCUCAGUCCUUAACAUUGUUAUGGUUGUUGUCCUAAUUGGAAUCUACUGCAUCGGCUGCUGUGCUUUCCAAAACGCGAAAAGGGCAGAGUCGGAUUACCCUUAUGGUGGAAAUCGGACGUAUAAAAGUCGCACUAGACGGGAUCACCAUUGGUGGAGAUGGAUAUAGCUAGGAGACACAAGCUUUAUUAAUCUCUUUCUUUUUCCAGUUUUUCAAUGCUAUUUUGGACUGUAAAAAGAUGGGACGAUUCUGUUUUUCUUCAUAAUCACUCACAUGAUGUAUUCAAAUCCUUCCUCUUUAAAUUGCUGCCUUUUGUACAAUGAAAGAUAUUACUUUAUUUCCAAGAUCAAAUCA